AUGGCCACAGCGACGAAUCAAAUCAAACGACCAACACUUGGCGGUGGUGCCAAGAAACGACCGACUGGUAAUCGACCCGAAUUAACCGAGGAGCAAAAAACAGAAAUACGUGAAGCAUUUGAUUUGUUCGAUGCUGAUGGUUCAGGAACGAUUGAUGUUAAAGAACUUAAAGUCGCCAUGCGAGCAUUAGGUUUCGAACCGAAAAGAGAAGAAAUAAAAAAGAUGAUAUCUGAUAUUCAAAAAGAGAAUGCUGGUACAAUCGAUUUUAAUGAUUUUCUUCAAUUAAUGGCGCAAAAAAUGGCUGAAAAGGAUUCCAAAGAAGAAAUACUCAAAGCAUUUCGACUUUUCGAUGACGAUAAUACAGGAAAAAUCUCAUUCAAAAAUUUAAAACGGGUCGCCAAAGAACUAGGAGAAAACUUAACCGACGAAGAAUUACAAGAAAUGAUUAACGAAGCCGAUCGGGAUGGCGAUGAUGAAAUCAACGAACAGGAAUUCUUACGAAUCAUGAAAAAAACCUCAUUAUAUUGA